AUGUCAACGGUAGGUGGUGGCCUUCCUAUACAACCACCUCCCGGUUCUGCGCGCAUGACAAGGUCAAUUGGUGGCUUUCCAACACCACCAUGGGGUGCUCGGCCGCCGUUAUCGCGGAAAACUGUGAUGAAAAAUCUCGUGAGAAACACUAGGAAAGAAAGGUCGAAAUAUCAACACAAAAAGAACCUUCCCGUGUCAGGCAACGGAAAGGCGGUGCUGAUCGAGCGAGAACGUGAUAGAAAACUGUUCGUUUGUAAAAUCAUUGCCCUGGGCACGCAUGCACCAUCUGAUUGGCUCCACGAGGUUCGGAUCGUACGUGCUCGUCGUCGAAAUGAACGAAUUGUCCGCACCGUCAAGACCACUAGUCAUCUAUUACCAACCGAACCACCACCCCAGGGCCAGAUUUAUACAGAAUACUGCGAUGCAGGCGACCUCUUUGACAUGAUUUUAGGGUAUAAGAGUAAAAUGAUAGAGCCACCUGAAAGUCUUGUUUGGCACAUCUAUCUACAAAUGGCUCAGGGACUGGCUUUCUUACAUCAUGGCUACCAUCAUGAGGAUGAUUUCCCCUCUGUCCCACAAGUCUGGGAUCCGAUUAUACAUGGCGACAUCAAACCGGAUAACGUGUUCUUGCGCCGCAACCAGCGGCAUCCUCAACUUUUCCCCGACGUUGUGAUUGGAGAAUUUGGUACCGCCUCGAAAAAUGAGGAUAACAGAAUUUUGGGAACUCCUUACUGGGCAGCGCCUGAGUGUAAGUCUACUGCGAAAGCAGAUGUCUGGAGCAUGGGUGCGUGCGUACAGAAUCUUGCCACUGGACGCGGACCAAUGAUAGACCAAGACCGAGCCCAGCGCGUUAGCACUUCUCAGUUGGUCCACUUUGGAAAGUAUACGAGACAAGUUCUAGAGCUCGACAACUAUAGCAACGAGCUAAAUGAGUGCGUCAGGGAAGCCAUGCAGAUUGACGAAGACGAAAGAAGGACGAGCUUAGAGAUCGUGAAAGUCAUCACGGCGCUGGUCAUGCUGGGCGUGCCACGCUAG